AUGGAGCUCGGAGCUCCCCCGCCGGGCCCCGGCUGCGCGGCUCCGGGCUGGGCCGGGGGAGGGGAGGCGGGCGCAGGGCGGGUCGGAGCGCGGGGCGGGCUCAACGCCGCCGCCCCCGCCCCGGCCGCGCGCGGCCCCGCCCGCCCCCACGGCCGCGCGACCGCCCCGCCGCCUCCUGCGCGCGGCGAGCACAGGCCUCGCGCGAGCGGCCACCGGGGGGAGCCCGGGCCCCGCCCCGCCACCGCCCAAUCGCCUCUCGCCGUGGCGCCGCGUGACGGCCGCUCCGCCAAUGGGCGCGGGGUUCGUCACGCGGCCGCCGCCACGCCCUCCCCUGGCCCGUGUCCCCCCCUCCCUCCGCUCGCCUUCUCCACGCGCACGCGCGCACGUACCGCCGGCCGCGAGGCUUCAGACGCGCCCCUAUGGCCACGCCUCCCCGGCGCCGCGCGCUCAGCCCCGCCCCCGGGGGGCUCGCGCUGGCCGGGGCUGAAGGGCUCCCGCUCCGGGAGCAGCAGAGCCCCAGCAGUGCCCCGUCCCGCCGCUCAGCUCGCUGCUGGGCGCGGUUCCUGUCCGGGAAGGGGACACUGCACGGGGCUGCCAGCAUCCCCAGGGACCACUGAGAGGCCGCGGCAGCUGCGUAUUUUCUUGCUGAGUUUCAGCUACCUGAGAGCUCCUCAGGGGACUGGAAUGUUCAAAUACGCUCCAGGGAAGAUGGAUUAGAGGGCGAGAUACCCACAGCAAUCAGAAGCCCUGAUAAACACAAACUUGCGUUGUUCUGCAAUGAAACAACCCACUAUCGCUACAAAAAUUUAACUCUGGCCCCUGAUAAGAAGAAUGACUCUGCAGAAGACUUAGGAACACACAAAAGUAUUACAAAACCGCUGUUAUGCUGGCAGUUAUUCCAAAGAUAAGCAGGCUCAAGGUUUUACUCCAUUUUGUAGGAAAAAUCCUAAUGUUGGCUCUCCCAUGUGAUGAGAAACAUGGAGUUUUUGGGUAAACCAUGUGUAGUUUCUUUGAAGAGAAGAAGUCAUAGAUGCUGUGUUUCCAGAAUUUCUACAACUUAAUCCCAGGCAUAAUAAAGGGACAAACCAAAUGAUUUAUGGUCUUAUAUGAGGAUUAUUCCCUCAGACUGAUGAAUGAUACCUUUUCACUUACCAGCAAUUUCUCUAAACUGUGUUAGCUAAGCCUGUCUACAUGCUAUUGACAGUUUGCAAAGCCUUGUUACUCCAGAGGAAUCUGACCUUGCUGUGGAUUACACAAGGGCCUUGGGGAAGAUUUGCUUUCAGCCCUUCUUGAACCACUUGAGGCCAGCUGAAGCCCUCUGCACUCUGCUUGGAAAGCCGCAGGCCAGCCGGCCCUGCUCCCAGUUCUAGGAAGGGCCAGGGGUUAACCAUUGGGUAGAACAGGAGACUGGCUUGAGCCAGGGAGGGAAAAAGGGGCUUCAUGCAAAAUAACCAUGCUGACAUUGGUAUUUCCUUCCUCUGGCACUGCACCACUGAUUUUUUGUGAGGAUGGUGGGGAAAGCGAAGAAGCUAGAAGGCUUGGUGUGGCUUACAGUAAUUCUCAAGCAAGAAUAAGAGUUGGCUUGCAUCUGCACUAUUUAAUAUGAAAACUGGCAUAAUUUACUCUUGCAUGAGAAGAGCAACACCUUCCCUCACUGGUUGCACCUGGCUGACUCUUUUCAGAAGCUGGAGCAGCUGAGCAAGCUGCACUCCUGCUGCACUGCUAGGCCCCUUCCCGUGGCUCCACGCCGAUGGAGGUGAGCUGCUCAAUCCAGAGCAGUGGUCGGAGCCACAGGCAAACGUGCACACCUCAUCCAGACAGCAGCCGUGCCGAGUGUCCGUGUCUAAAGCCAAGCACAUCUGUUCCCUGCAACUGUGCCAGCGUGUGCUGUGGGGCUGCCUGCCUUCAGCAAAGGGAGCUGCAGCUGCAGCAAGAGCCUCAGGGGACCCCAGCAGCAAGCCAGGACCUCUACUCACUCUCAGCUUUGCAGCAGCCACAAGGGAAUCCUCUGCCAAAGCUGUGGUUUUGGGCAGUGAAAAAUCCUUGUUCAAGGGUGAGGAAGUGAGUAAGUGUGGCUCACCAGGCAGCUGAGCACCAGGACCCAGCCAUCGGGGCCAACAGCCAAAACCCCGUGUACUUGUGCCAAUAGGUGAAAAAUGCUGGGAACUUGGAGUGGCUGGAGUAUGUGACAUGCCUCACUGCUAUUUGGGUGUGAAGGUCUUGGUUCCUCUGCCUCCCAGAGGCUGAAGUUUCCCAUGGGUUUCAUACUUGGUCUCAGUGUGUAAAUCUACAAAAGGGGAGAAGAAUGUGCUUCCUCUGCACUAGUGCUGUUGUAGAGUAUUGGGAUUUAUACAAACAUGCAGAGAGGAAAUAAAUCAGUAGUCUUUUUCCCUGUGAGGACUUAUUCAUGUAGGUCUUAAGCAAGAGGAAGCUGACUUUAAUCCCUGGAAGUCACAGAAACAGCAAACUGUCCCACCUCCUUGUCAUUCCAGGAGAAGUUAAGCUUCCGCUUUCAAUACCUCAGUAC